CACAGGGACAAGACCCAACAUCAGUCGGACACCUAGGCAUCACCUACUCUGAGAUAGAACCCCUGAUGGGAUCUGGAUCUGAGAGACACCCUUUGGAGACCGCAGUGGAGGUCUGGAUGGUGAGACCCAAGAGAGCUGCCUCCCUCCAAGGAGACCCUCCUCAUGUACCCUGGAGCCCAUCAUCACACAAACGUCAAUGCCAAUAGCUCUGCUCCACCUGAGGCUGUCGGGGGAGUGUCCCCAAACCGAGCAGCCACCUACACUCUUGCUCCGUUAUCAGGAGACUGUCCAGAGCCAGGCCACUUAGUGCCUGGCGGCCAGACCUCCUCCCGUUAGGCAUCUGAUGCCGGUGAACCCUGCCAGCACCAGUCAGGCUAAUGAAGCCGUUAUGCCAAUCAGAGAGACUAGACACGCAGGGCUCCUCUGCAGCCUGGCUGGGCCACACUGAGCACAGCUCUCAGCAGUCCCCAGUCCCCGUCACAGACCAGCAGAACUAGCCCCUGGGACCCGACUGAAGUGGGACUGCUCCAAGCCGGUGACAUGUCUCUGCAUGGACACAGCCUGGACAUCACGUCACCUCAGACUGUCUCUAGGGCAGUACCGGCACACGGCCUGACCACACUUUCAGUUGGUGCCUCAUCCAGGGGUGUGGUCACAGGGGAGAGUGUGCACACGCUCUGUCGUGAGUCCCAUCCUGAGCACUCCAUCGAGGCCAGUUCCCUUCCUUCCUCAGUGUUGCCGUGUGCUGAUGGCUCUGCCUCAUCCUCUGCACACUCUGCCUGCCCCUGUGUGAGUCCCCGACCACGGUGGUCACUUGAGGGGGAAGAGCCCAGGAGGAUGACAGGACUGGGGCCGUGGCCGGAACCGCUCCACACCCUCCUAUGACUGACCCCCAGGAAGGCCUUCACACGCUGUCGUGGGCUUCCCAGUCCACAACAAUCAUGCCCCGUUAUGAGGAAGAAGACACCAGUUCUGGCUCAGGCCCAGGACAGGCAGCUCCAGUUCCCUGCUUGGCUCUGGUCCCCUGAGGCAGGUGCAGCACACAGGAACGUGGGUAAACCUAAGCAGGGCCACUGACACUCUCCAAGUUUCCUCGGAUGCCGGAUGGAGAGGGUGCAGCCAGGGGGUCCCAGGGUGAAAAGGAGCCAGGGGUCAUGGGUGGCCAGCUUCCAGAAUCUGAACAAGUGCACGCCCCAUUCCCCCUCUUGGAUUCCGUGCGGCACUUUUGGAAAUAUGGGGGAGACUGUGCCCCACACAGCCCCCUGUUCUCAAGUCUGUAAAGGCCACAAGUCAAGCCCGCAUCCCCCUCUGAUCUAAGCAGCCGUAAUGGGAUCCCCAGAUCUGCUGAAGGCCCUUGAAGCUAGAUCACCUUGAGCCCCCUGCACAGAAGGGAAAAACAUCACACACCCCAAUAGUUGGCAGAGUACAUAGGAACCCUGGUACACCUGGUUCUUUGCCUGCUACAGGGGUGUGUUCCCGCACAAGGCAGUCCCGAAUGUGAGCAUCACAUGGUCUCCCUAGUGUAUCAUCUGAGGCUGCUCUUUCGGAACCUAGAGGACCAGGAACAUCAGGGCACACUGCCUGUCUCCGCGCUGCCAUCCCUGGUCAGGGUCAGGGUGUCCCAGCCUUACUACUGGUCCUGCCACCCUUCCUGCUGCCUUCUAGCCCACGGACAGGGACAGCGUCAGACCCAGGGCCGCACACGAGGGUAGGAACCACGGGCCAGGAUGGGGCUGCAUGCUACAGGGGGCCUUCCUGCUCCUGGCGGCAGGAAUCAGAGAUGCAGUAAUUGGAUCCUGCAGAGGAUCUGGCUGAGGGUGGAGGGCUGAGAUCAGGUUGCCGCCCUGCUGUGAGUUUUCCACUGGCUGCUUUUUCUGCCUUGGGAAAGAGCUGGGCUGGACUGGGGGUCUGAGCUGGGGGGUGGAAGGCCCUGAAGCAAGAGGCAGUAAGAAGAGAAGCUAAGAGGAGUGGGACCCACAAGAUAGGAUAUAGGAUCUAGACGGCGGUGGGUGAGGACAAGUAGGUGGUCAGUCUUGCUCUUGUCCUGCUGGGCUUCAGGCUCUGGCCCUGGUGCUCUCCAGGAGCCUCUGAAAUCCAAGCUGCGGGUAAAAGCAAGAGGCUACUCCUUCUAGCUGGUGCGUCUCUGAUCCGCCCCCCUCACCCGCCCUCGGCUGCCCACUGGCCAUGUAAGAUCUGCCUGGGUGGCCAAGGCCACAAGACAGAGGCAGGCAGCGUUGGAGCAGGUAGUAUCCAUGUCACUGGCUAGGCUUGGGGGCCAAGGGCCAGCUAAACAGAGCUGGGCCUCUGGGGGGGCCACAGGGCCCCUGAACACUUAGAGAGAGUGUCCCAGGCCCCUGAAGCUACGUGACUAGCCUUGAAGAUGCCAACCAACGGGCUGCACCAGGUGCUGAAGAUCCAGUUUGGCCUCGUCAACGAUGCCAACCGCUAUCUGACAGCAGAGAGCUUUGGGUUCAAGGUCAACGCUUCAGCGUCCAGCCUCAAGAGGAAGCAGACGUGGGUCCUGGAGCCUGACCCAGGGCAGGGCACUGCUGUGCUGUUCCGCAGCAGCCACCUGGGCCGCUACCUGUCGGCAGAAGAAGAUGGGCGUGUGGCCUGUGAGAUGGAUCGGCCAGGCCGUGACUGCCGCUUCCUGGUCUUGCCGCAGCCUGACGGGCGCUGGGUACUGCAGUCGGAGCCGCACGGCCGCUUCUUUGGCGGAACUGAGGACCAACUGUCCUGCUUUGCGACGGCGAUCUCCCCGGCAGAGCUGUGGACUGUGCACCUGGCCAUCCACCCACAGGCUCACUUGCUGAGCGUGAGCCGUAGGCGCUACGUGCACCUGUGUCUGCAGGAGGACGAGAUGGCGGCCGAUGGUGACAUGCCGUGGGGUGUGGAUGCGCUGCUCACCCUCAUUUUCCAGAGUAGGCGGUACUGCCUCAAGUCCUACGACAGCCGCUACCUGCGCAGCGAUGGCCACCUUGUCUGGGAGCCCGAAGCCCGUGCCUGCUACACGCUAGAGUUUAAGGCGGGCAAGCUCGCCUUCAAAGACUGUGAUGGCCGCUACCUGGCACCCGUGGGACCUGCUGGCACACUCAAGGCUGGCCGCAACACGAGGCCCGGCAAGGAUGAACUCUUCGAUCUGGAGCAAAGUCACCCACAGGUGGUGCUGGUGGCUGCCAACCACCGCUACGUCUCUGUGAGGCAAGGAGUCAAUGUCUCAGCCAAUCAGGACGAAGAACUGGACCACGAGACCUUCCUGAUGCAAAUUGACCAGGAGACAAAGAAGUGUACUUUCUAUUCCAGCACUGGGGGCUACUGGACCCUGGUCACUCAUGGGGGCCUUCAGGCCACAGCCACACAAGUUUCUGCCAACACCAUGUUUGAAAUGGAAUGGCACGGCCGGCGGGUGGCACUUAAAGCCAGCAACGGUCGUUAUGUGUGCAUGAAGAAAAACGGGCAGCUGGCCGCCAUCAGUGACUUUGUGGGUGGAGACGAGCUGUUCAUCCUCAAACUCAUCAACCGCCCCAUCCUGGUGCUGCGUGGCCUGGACGGCUUCGUCUGCCACCGCCGGGGAUCCAACCAGCUGGACACCAACCGCUCCACCUACGAUGUCUUCCACUUGAGCUUCAGGGAUGGCGCCUAUCAGAUCAGAGGUGCGGGAACGCAGGCUGCGGGGAGGCAAUGGGGGGCAGGGGAUGCCCGGGCCCCCGCCGACCUCCAGCCUUGCCCCCAGGCCGCGGAGCUGGCUUCUGGUACGUUGGCAGCCACGGGAGCGUGUGCAGCGACGGUGACCUGGCGGAGGAUUUCCUCUUCGAGUUCCGAGAGCGUGGCCGCCUUGCCAUCCGCGCCCUCAGUGGCAAAUACCUGUGCGGCGGCGCUUCCGGGCUGCUGCGCGCUGACGCAGACCUGCCUACAGGGGAAGCUCUUUGGGAAUACUGAGGACUCACAGGGGCCGACCCCACAGCCCCACCAUUAAACCUUUGUUGCGCAGCUGCCGUGGGCUUUUCGUACCCUAGAGUCUCAGGGUUCCAACUGCUCAGCCCUGGGACCCCACCCAUAGGAAACCCUUUGCCCCUUUGAGCAAGGCUCUCCUCGCCUUCUACCGACCUAAGACGCAGGGCCAUGGCUGGAAGCGGGGGCUGCCAGACCCCUCACCUCACCUCGCUCCAGCAGUUGUUAGGCUUUGGGUCAGAGAUUAAGGAAGGCCAUCCUAACCUAGGUAGACCUGAUCCUUCUUGGGACCCUAACGUCCUCUCCAACUACCCAGGACAAAUGAGACCCACAGAGAGCUGCAAGUCUAAGACAAGAGCGUGUGUUGGGGUGGGGAGGCAAUGUAUAGCUGCAGGGAAAGGCAGGAGGCAUGCUGGGAAGGAAGUUAUGGCCAGACCCCCACCCCCACUCCCCCUUCGCUUACCCAGAGCAACCAGGGUCACACACCAGGACACAUCCCUAUUGACUCUUGGAGCUGACCUAAGUGGCUUCCCCGGGUGCGCGAGGUCUCAGAACCUGGUGGUCCAGGCCUGCGGUGUCUGGCAUGAAUGGGGGACAGCACACAGGUGUUGGACAAGACCAGGGGACCCAGGUGAAACAUGGUGGCCCUGACUCCAUGACGACACUCAAGUGAGAUUCUCAGCUAAGCCUGGUGUUUCUUUCUUUUUUU